AUGAAGCAGCACCUCCUUCUCCUUGUCGCCAGCCUCCCAUCCGCGCACGGCGCGCUCCUCUCCUCUCGCCGACCGCUCCCAUCCUCCUGCCGCGCCGCGGCAGCGCGUGCUCUUCUUGGGUUUGGCGAGGGCUCGUCGCCGCCGCAGACGGUCGACGAGGCGCGCCAGAAGUUUUUCGCGGCGUACGGGAAGCCGUACGUCGCGCCCGACGCGCAGGGCUUCGUCAACGAGCUGCUCGGCAGCUCUCAGAUGGCGAUCGUCUCGCCGUCGUUCCGGUACAACGCCGUCUUUGCGCUGGGCACCGAGGCGCUCUGCGAGACGUUCCUCGCGCAGCGGCCCGAGGCGGAGCGCGUCGCCAUUACUGACGCCAUCAUCACCGCCCUCGGCAUGAGCCCGCAGCAGCUCAAGAGCGACGCAGCGGCGCUCCGCGAGACGGCGAAGGCUGCCGGGACAGAGGAGGCGCUCCUCGGCUCGAAGCCGAUGCUCGAGAUCAAGGCGUACCCGAAGGUGCCGCCGCUCAAGUACUCGUACGCGUUCGGCGCCGGCAUGCUCACACUCAUGCCCCUCGUCGAAGUCAAGCCGAGCGACGACGCCAUCGACCGGUGGGUGGGCGCGCUCGAGAUCGACCCCGCCAAGGGCAAGAUGCUGAAGCGCGACUUCGCCUUCUUCGAGCUCGGGGGUCCCAAGGCGUCGAUAGUGAGGCAGCAGGCAGCGGGGCUGCGGCGGGCGGAGCGGCGGCAGGUUGCGAUCGGGAGGAGCGCGGAGCGGAAUGCGGAGUGGAGCGAGCGCGUGCACGCGCUGCGGCGGGAGAGGGUGAGGGAGGAGCUGCUGGAGAUGCUGCACGGCGAGUUGGCGAGGGAGGAGGCUGGCCUCGCCUUGCGCGAGCGCGCCUCGCACUCGCUCGAGCUCUCGAUCGACGCGGAGGCGCGGCGCGAGCAGCGCGCGCUGCUGCAGCAGCUGCACGACAGGCGAGGGGCUAGCCGGCUGGCCUAG